AGACGGUCUACAAAAAACAAAAACUCAUUUUUGCAGGUCAGGUGCUAAAGAUGUCGAGCAAAAAAAAAAAAUAGAAAAAAAAGUAAUCUCGGAUUUCAAAGAAAAGAUCUCAACAACAUAACCAUCCUCUCAUCCCCACCACCAUUCCCCUUCUUCCAGAAAAAAAAAAAAAACUAAUAAUUACAAACAAUCCCGCACGGAAUCAAGGCGCUGUGAGUGGUGCGAGUGCUUAGCGACAGCGACAGCCAAUCGGAAGGCUUGCUAAAAAUAGCCAUUUAAAAUGGUGGGUGAUUACCUCAGCACCUUAAACUCGUUCAGGCACGUGUUGAAGUAUUCACUGUAUUGCCAGUAUUCGCGCCUUCACUCGGAAGGCAACGGGAAAUCCCUUUUAGUCUUGUGCCUGUGUAUAUAUGACUGCAGUUGGUGUUACGUUCAGUAGUUGUAGACGCUUCAGCCUGUGGCAACAAAUCGUGUACAGGGUCACGAGUACAGGAGCACUGAGAAAGAGGACAGGUGCGAAGUUGUGAGACGGUGUAUAACUAGUGUCUGGAUACCUCGAUAUAAACAUACAAAGAUCACUUCUGUAUAUCAAGCAAGGCUGCCUCGUUUUAUCGAGUUCAAGAAUUCUAUCGUGUGUGUCGGGGGGAAAAAAGUGUUUACAGUGAAAGAUACCUCUGACUUGGGGAGACACCUUUCCACCUAUACUGUUCUCGCUUAUAAAUGACUAGAGGAGUCGUCAUGGCAACAGGUGGACAGACCCUUGUUUCCAGAAGACGAAACAGCAGCCUCCUGGCACCAUUGUACAUCCCGCAUACUGAGGCGACGACCUGUGUGGACGCUGACCCAUUUGAUGGACACGUCGACGAAGAUGUGGUGGAGGAAGGGAGACAACUUUUCAACAACUUCGUGUACGAAAGAGUGAAAUCACAAGGAACGGAGGAGCUGGCGGACGUGACGGUUCUAACACCAGCAGGCUACGCCAACCCCCUGUGGGCUAAAACGGGCCGAGAACUGAGGAUCAUGGCGGACGAGUUUGCUCGUACCACGGAGAGGCAGCGAGUGCAAGAGCAAGCCUCACAGGUCAACACGAAUAUUACUUACGAAGAGUUUAAAGACCUUCUGUCGGAACUCUUUGCUGCUGGCGGAAUAACCAAAGAGCGAAUCGUCGUGCUCUUCUUCUUCUGUUCUGAUGUCGCCAUCCGCUCCCUACAGCGCGGAAUGGACCUGUUCACCCGAGUCAUCUCCUGGUCCUUGUCUUUCAUCACAGAGUUCGUCUGUUCGUGGGUGCGCUCCCACGGAGGCUGGGUGAGUUCCUCUGCGGCAGAGCGUCCAGAAUCAUCCAUCACCAUCUACCCUUCGUGGACACACAUGCCUUUGCAAAAUCAGGUGAUGAAGUCUCCUUUCAAGACGCUGCCGAGAGUUCUGCUGCUGGCCAGCGCCAUCGUUAUCGGGGUCGGCGUUAUCCGCUACGUCAGUAGAUAAUGGAUGUACCCCAGCCAAGUUGGGAAACAAAAUCACUGAAAAGCUGAGGCUAACUCAAAGCAUUGUUGAAGAGCUAAAAGGUCAGACCCAAGCUUUGCUAAUCCAGGCAUCUUUUGCCAGGAACCUGCAAAAACGAAACAAGAAAGAACGAAAAAAAAGUUUUCUUUUGUGAGCACCUGCAUACUGCAUCACAAGGGAAUUUGUGCUGAUAUGUAAUGGUGACUCUGUACUGAAGUACAUGCAUGUUUAAUACAGCUGGCUGGAUCAUUCAUGAUAAACGAGAUAUGUUACUGUGUCUGAGGUGAGAUGAAAAAAAAAAAGGAUGGUCGAUUACUAUGUGACCAUAUAUUCAUCUCUGUUCUUGAUAUUUUUUAUAUUUAAGUUUUGGAUAAUUUUUCUGCAAAAUCUGCAGUUCUUUUGCGUGAACAAAAUAUUUGCUUAUGAUCUUUUCACUUCGACAUGCUCAACUUAGAACCGGGUGGCCAACAAACUGGCCUGCAUAUUAGCUGGUUGAGUAAAGAACCGACAAUCUUAUUCUUAUUAAGUGUACAGAAAGAGACUUCAUGUUUCAAAUGCAUCACAAGCAGCUUGAUCUGUGUGUCAGCCAUGUAGUUUACAUUCGUCGUCCCCGACAGCUUACAUGUGUGCUUGCGUGCGUGACAGUGAGCAAGAGUGAGUUAGAAGCACUCAUGUUGCCUAGCAACGCUUUAGGCAAGGAAUGACUUGUGAACUCAUCCGUUUUCUAUACUGGGAUCCCGUGCAUUAUAGGAAGACAACAGGAGGACAAGGAACUCUCUCCUAAAAAAGAGCCAGGGGGGUUUGAACCUGUUGUGUACCUGAACUAUAAGACAUGGUGGGCGUACCGAUGUGUUUCUCUGUAUCUUCAGACUUUCCGUACAGUAAUGCAUACUUAAUUUGUCAUCUAGACAUGCUUACUUGUACUUGCCGUUUUCUCAACUAUGACAUUCCUAUCUAGGAGUUAUUUCACUCGUGUGAACGAAAUGGCAAGCAAAGUUGAUCGAUACGCUUCACAACUGAUUGUGUAUGGCCUAAAAAUAGCUCUGGUUACCGCGGGGCAAUGAGCCUAAGAAUGGCCUUAUUUAGGGACAAGAACAACUCUAGUAUAAGGCCAUGUGAAUGAGAUCAUUACUAUUUUUGUCUUGCUUGCUGAGAAAGAGUGAGUGUGCAUGUGUUUUUGUGUUCAUGUGUGUGUGUAAGAGAGAGAAGGGGCCUCAGAACAUGCACUGUGUCUAUGCAUAUGUGAUUUGUAAAGCUGCAGUUAUUUUAUUUACAAUCACUAAUGAGAAGGGCUUACACCUUGGCGCAUUUUGUUGGAUUGUUUAGUAUUGUUUCGUUUUAUUUGUGCAAAUGCUGUUAUUACUGCUGCUUUCUUUAUUUUCUUUGAGAUUAUUGUUUAUCGAUUAUUGUUUUUCCAAACUGCGGGAUAGAAAAGACGUCUCGAGUCAGUAGUUUAAGAGAACAAAGUAACUAUAAAGAAACAAAAAGCCGCUGUGGUUGUGGAACAAAGCUCGUUUGUAAUUCAAGUAACAAGGACAAAGACAUACGAAGUAGGUAGGAAAUUCUCCCAUGACCAAAAUAGCAGCCAAUAGCUACUCAAAACUAUUUAUAGACGUUUGUCUACAUUCCUCGUUUACUUGGUUUUGGGGGAAGUCGGGGAGAGGUCAUGAGGUCAAGUGCAUACUCCUAAGCUUCAUACGUCGUCUUCAAGACCGCGAGGUCAUUAGAAUAAAGAUUUAUCACAGGAAACAGCCGCCAAAUGUUCUGUUGAAACGAUUAACAGUUCCUUCUACUUUUAAGUUGUCAACUUUCUUCCGCCAUCGUUCGUUGCCAGUGCCGAGUAAUCGAUGAUAUGGCAAGGACAAGGUGUCACACCGGUGGUGGAGAGUGAGAUCCAUCUUUAUCUGUUCGUAAGCAUUCCCCAUGACAUGCUCAGUGGGAGAGUUGCGAAUGGCAUUUGUGAUGCGUUGAUAUGGCGAAACCUAAAACAAGAAAAUACACUCGCAAUUUUAAGUUUUAAGAACACUGAAAUACUGAAACACUGAUCAACGCUAAUGAUAAUUAUUGAUAAAAGUCUUCAUUUGCAAUCAUUCGUGGAGGUGGGGGGAAAUCAAAGUAAAUUCGAACAAAGACACUUGAAGCACCUUUUUUGGUGUACUUUUAAAGUAAAAACGUUUUUAUUUGAUAGUUGUAUUAUUUUGUACUAUUUCUUGGAUUUAUUAUUUUUUUUUUUUACAUGAGAUCAUACAUGUUGUUUAUCUUUAUCGGGUUCGUCGGUCCUGGGAAUUAAGAAAAUGUUUGUGUACUGAAGUAAAAAAUGUUCGCUGUGUUGACAGUAUUUCACAUUUCGAGAGGUUCAUGCUCUCUUAAAUAAAUAAAAUCAACAUUUUUUCAACAGUA